CCGUUAGAUUGCUCACUAGGCUAUCUUAACACAGAACAUUCGUUCCACGAGGGGCACCACGGGAAUUGUAGUUUAUGUAUGUCCAUCCAAUAAUUCCUUUAUUUGGUUGUUCUUCGAUGUGUAACUACAAAUCCCAUAAACAUACUUUAAACCCUUCGAUUUUGCAUUUACGAAGGCGAAAAGAGAAGUGAGGGAAACGAGCUUGGAGAGUUCUUCUGACUGUCAGUUGCUAGCUUGUUAAAAUAGGUCAAAGCCCGAACAAACAAGAAUGGCAGACGGCGAUAACAAAAGCGCAAGCAUGCUGGCUAGGGAGACUGCCCAUCUGGAGGAGCAGCUGCAGGGAUGGGGAGAGGUCAUCCUGGCAAUGGAUCAGAUCUUACACUGGAAGAAGUCCUGGUUUCCUGGCGUUUUGAUAGGGGCCACAACCAUUCUCUUCACGAUGGUGUAUUUCCUGGAUCCAUCAAUACUUACUGGAGCUUCCUGCUGCGUGAUGUUCCUUUGUCUGGCUGACUACUUGGUGCCCAUUAUUGCCCCCAAGGUUUUUAGCUCCAGCAAGUGGACCAGCGAGCAGCAGCAGCGCUUCCAUGAGAUCUGCGCGAACAUGGCGAAGACCCGGCGCCGAGCCGUGGGCUGGUGGCAGCGCAUCUUCGCCCUCAAGGAGGAGAAGCCCAAAAUGUACUUCCUGUGUGUGAUCAGCAGUCUGGUGGUGUUCGCCUGGAUUGGGCAGCUGGUCCAUAACCUGUUGCUAACCUACCUGACUGUGACUGUCCUACUACUUCUGCCUGGUCUAAACCAGCAUGGCGUCAUCAGCAAGUGUUCUGGCAUGGCCAAGAGGGAGAUCAACAGACUGCUCAAACAGAAGGAGAAGAAGAACGAGUGAGAAUGAGACAAGUGAGAACAGACUGCAUCCCCUUUGAAUCCCUGUGAGAACCGGACCAUCUGAAGACACCUGUGCUUGAGCUCCCAGUCACAAACUCUUCAGGCUUAUGGGUACCAUACAAAUAUUUCACGUGCACGCGUUUGUCACAAUGGGGUCCUUUUUGGCCUUGUUCCCCAAGGCAUUCUCCCCCUCAGCCAUUCACUAUUUAUACUAUUUAUAUAGUAUAUUUAUACUAUUAACACACGCAGAGGAACCCAUAAUCCUGCUUUGUUGCCGCAGGUUUACUGUUGAAGAGCGAUUUUAUAGUUUUCCGUACAUUCCAGAUGUUGAAUACAGAGAGGAAUCCAAUUAGUAAUUUAUGAAGUAGGAAGGUAUUUCUCUGUAUGGUCCACAUACAGGCUCCAUUACAUUCAAGAGACAUAUAGAUUAGCAUGUACAGAGAUUUUCUAAAGGAAUGGGUUGUGCUGUGUACGUUCAUUCUUUACUUUUUAAUGAUGUUUGAAACUUUUCCAUCAGCCAGUGCUGUUUAUUUUUGUUGUCCCUUGUCUUGUUAACGUUGCACUGAGAUUGUUGGCAGAAACUGGAUUGAACAAGAGAAAUUCAAUUCUAUUUUUUCUCUGGCACCACAUGUUGACAUGUAUUACAAACCUGCUGUACUGACAGAAAGCUAGAUUCUGUUCAUUUAGAUCUGCAUUUGCUGACCACCGCAAGGUCCCUGCUGUUAAUUUGUGUGUAUAGCUCACCUAUGGGUAACCCCUGACCUCUCCUUUCAUUUAUUUGUUGUUUUUCUUUUAUGGCUUCUGAAUCAUUAAUAAAAGUUGUUCAGAGAAAA